AUGAGCUGGCUCCACAAAUUUUAUUUUUUCAAGCUAAAAGAAGAAAUAAAUUAAAAGUUGAAUGAAAAUAAUUUAGGAUAAUAAUAGUAGAAUAUAAAUAUGAUUGGAGUUAUUUUAUUUGAUGAAUAGAUGGCUACUCUCAAAUUAAAGCUCAAAAAUUAACUUUUAGCCACAGGAAUCUUCUACGACUACUUGCAAAGCGAUUAUAUAAAUUUAAAUUAAAUCUAGAUAUAAUCUAUUAAUUUGCACAAAAACCUAUUAGAAUUAGAAAAAAUCAUAAUUGAUCUUUUCUAAAUUAAUCCACAAAAUAUAGAUCUACAAUAUUUAACUUCUAUUUUUGUUUAAGUGCUUGACAUACAAAAUAGAAAAGUAUCUGAUUUCAUAAAGCAAGCUCUUUCUAGAACCAAAUAAAAAAUUUCAAUAAAUAAGAAAAUUCAAGAGUAGUUUUUUGGAUUGCAUAAAGAUUUUUUUGAAGAAGAUUCUUGCAUGGUCUACUGCUCUCUGAUUGACAGUAGCUAUAAAAUAAAUAAAGUAUCUGCCAAAUUUUAAAGUAUAUUUAAAUUCAAUAAGGAUUAAGUAAUAGGAAAACCUUUAAGCUUAAUACUUCCAAAAAUUGUUAAAGAAUCACAUAGUGAAAUAGUAGACUUUUGUAUUAAAUAUAACUCAAAUAAAUUAUAAUCAUAAAGAGAGAGGUUUUCUUUUGGUUUAGAUGAGAAGGGUUUUGUUUUUCCGCUCACAAUAAGACUUAAAUUUGACAGUCAUGAUAACGACUUUGGUGCUUGUGCUCUUGUAUCAAAAAUAAAGCAAUAAAAACAGUAUAUUCUUUUCACAGAUGAUGGGACAAUCACAGACUUUUCAAAGAAAAUUUUUGUGGACUUAUUUCAAACAAAAAAAUAUAAUAAACAAGAUUUCUAAUUUAAAAUAGAUGAUAUCAUUCCACAGAUAAAUAAUAUCAUCCAAGGUGGUCUCUUCUAGACUUAAUUCUGCUGCCCAUUAAUAUUUUUAAAAACUAAUAACUAGAGUUUUGAACAAAGCACUAUAAAAAACGCUUUAAUUAACACACAUAUUCAGAGAUAAUAUAGCUUUAAAGAUAGUAUAUUUAUUAUCUAUUUUGUUGUAGGAAGAAUAAAAACUGAACUGAAAACAAAUAUCAAUUUUGUAGAAAUUUAUUAAUAUGAAAAAGAAGAUGAUGAGAAAAAGAAAAUUUAAAUUAUUAAUGAUUUAAACAAAAUCAGAACUUUUGAGAAAAAAUAGCUUGAAAAUUAAUUUUUAAAUUUUGAAGAUUUUGACAAAAAAAAAAUAUUUGAUAAAGAUUCUUAUUUUGAAGACGCUUAAGUGUAAAAUAUCUCAUUAUAAAAAAAUUUUCAGAGAAGAGAGAAGAAAGGAACAGUAAAAUUUUCUUUAAUAUAGUUACAAAAAUAAGAUAGUUACACAAUAGAUUUAUCUUCAACAAAACAUGCAUAAGAAAGUCAAAGGUUCAUUGACUAAAAUAGUUCUAGAAGCGACUUUCAAGAAAACUUUUAAAGUGUUUUUGCUAAUUUAUCUGAUCGUAAUCUUUGCUCACUAAAUAACUAUGAUAGCCCUAAAAAAUUAAAUAUUUAACAUAUUCAGCUUCAAAAAAACAAUAAUUCUUAAGUAAAUUCUGAAAAUGUUCUUGAAAAUACAUGUUUAACUGAUAAAAAUGAUAUAAUUUAAAAAUAAAUUUAAAGAAGAACUGAUUCAACUUAAAUUUAAAUUUAAACGUUUUUCAAUUAUUUUGAGGAUAAUACUUCCUUCAUGAACAGCAAUAAUAAUUAUCUAGGAAAUCAAUCAAGUAAAAAAUAAAUAAUUAAAGAGCAAAGUGAAGAUGAAAAUAUAAAAGAAGAUCAGAUAAAUGAAAUAGCGAGUGUAAAUUCUAGUAAGUAUAGCUCAGAUGAGCUUGUGAAACGUUAAAUAAUAAAAAGAAUAACAAAUAAUAAAAUAAAUGGAGGAUAAAGAAUCAUGAUUUUUUUAGGUAUUGCUUCUUUUCUAAUAUUAACUUUUAUAACAAUGCUAAUGCAUUACAUAAAUAUUCAAAGCUUAUAAAACUAUUAAAACUCUUUUUCAAAGAUUGAUGAAGCACAAAAUUUAUAUACUGAUGUUAUCUAAAUUCUCAGUCUAUCCAAUUAUAAAAGUGUUUUAUCAUCUAAAAAAUACCAUUUUGGCUCUAAGAAAGAUAUUAAAAAAGAGAAGAAUAGCAUUAAAGAAUAUGAGUACAACAAUGUCCGAGAAGAUUAUAGAAAAAAUUUCAAAAAUUUAAUUUUGAAAAUAAAUUCAAAGGAGAUUUAUCAUAGAUUAUUCAAUGAUUAAUUUAAUAUAACAAAAUAUUCUGUUUAAUUUCCUGAUGAGGACUUGAGUAAUACUGUGAUGAUAUAGAACCUAGAAUACACAGUAACAGAAUAUUUUUAUGCCAUAGUUUAAUAUAUCAUUGAAUAUACACCUACCGAAGAAAAUUUUAUAUGGGAGAACUUGAAUCUAUUCAGAGAAAAAAUGACAAAUUUGCAAAGAGCUGUUGAAAAUGUGAUCUAAAUACAAUUUGACAACAUGGAAAAUAUCCAGAAAUUAAUUUUGAUUAUUUUUUCUGCAACGAAUUUUAUUCUAGGAUUGAUAAUUAUCAUUUUGAGUUUAGUUAUUAAUAAAUCUAAAGAAAAUAUACUAAAACUUACUGGCUCGUUCUAACCUAAAUGCCUAGAAAAACAAGUCUAAAUUAUUGAGCUAAGUCUGUUAAAGUUGGAAGCCAUUUAGAAUUCAAAAGAUUAUGAAAAUUUUAAUUAUUAUUAAAUGGCCUAAGAUACACAAAAAAAUCAACAUAAAAAGAUUUAAUUGAGAAAUAUUAUUGAGUAAAUAGAAGAAAUAAAUUAAGUGUAAGAAUAGCUAUCAAAUAAAUCUUAAUCUAAUAUUAUUUAGUAACAAGUUUAAAGUAAAUUCAUAAUUAGGCUUCCUAAUAAAAGAAACAGAUCCAUAGCAUCAUUUAAUUCUCUUUAAAAAAUAAAUUGGUUAAUUGUUCUUACUAGCGUUUUAGCGUUUGUAAUCCUCUUAAUUUAGCCAGUUUUAAAUAUUAUAAUUUCUUAGCCUUAUCUUAAAGAAGCUAAUACUAUGGUGAAAGAAAGAAUUUUCCUUAUUGAUAUUAAUGGGUAAAUGAUUGAAAAUCUUUCAGCUCACUACUCAAAUAUGUACAUGUUUACUGUAGACGAUUUCAAUCCAUCGGAUAGUUAUUACUAUUAAUAUUUGGUUAAUAUUACAGAUUAAAAUUAAAACAAAGUAGAAAAAUUAUCUGACUUUUAAAAUUCUAUAGACAUAAAAAGAAAUAUUAUGAAUGGUGACAUCUGUUAAGUAAGGAAAGCAUACCCUAACUUUUUCAACUCAAAUGUUACAGAUGAAUUUUGCAGUACUCUAUUUAAUGGAAUUCUUUAAAGAGGUUUGAUUAUUUCAUUUAAAACCGUCUUUGAAACUUUGAAUAUGUUAGUGGAUAUCUAUGACUCUCCUGAAGAUAAUUUCGAUGAUUCCUUUUACAAUUUUUUAGAAAACACAUUUAAACUCAGUUUAGUAUCUUAUAUUAUUACUAAUUAACCAUAAUUUUGA